GAUCGAGGUAAAUAUCGGGGCGGUGAUUGGUUCAUCGGAUAAUACAGACUGAAUGACUAGAGCAGCUCAUGUCUCUGUUAUAUCCCUCAGCUCUUACUUCUCUCAGCACAAUGUCUUACAAGGAGAAUCUCAUCCCCUCCAGUUGCAGCAGUUCCAGCAGUUGCAGCAGUAAGUUUGCCACUCCAUCCAGUGCUACAGCGGCCCAGAGGGUUCUGAGGAAGCAGCCAUAUGUAUCCACAUUUACUACUCCCUCUGACAAUCUACUGGCCCAGAGGGCUCAGCUGGCCCCCCGCAUUAACCCCGCAGCUUCAUCCAGUGUUCCAGGUAGAGUGGCCUUGGGCACAGACGUGGCGUCUCACAAUACCGCACUGGCAGAGGCGCCCAAAAGGAAGUUCACCAUCGAUGACUUUGACAUUGGCCGCCCAUUGGGCAAGGGGAAGUUUGGGAACGUGUACUUGGCUAGGGAGAAGCAGAACAAGUUCAUUAUGGCUUUAAAGGUUCUCUUCAAGUCUCAGCUGGAGAAGGAGGGAGUGGAGCACCAACUGAGGCGUGAGAUAGAGAUCCAGUCUCACCUUAGGCACCCAAAUAUCCUGCGCAUGUACAACUACUUCCACGACCGCAAGCGGAUUUACCUCAUGUUGGAAUUUGCUCCUCGGGGAGAGCUGUACAAGGAACUUCAAAAACAUGGCCGCUUUGAUGAGCAGAGAAGUGCGACGUUUAUGGAGGAGCUGGCUGAUGCCCUGCAGUAUUGCCACGAAAGGAAAGUCAUCCACAGAGACAUCAAACCCGAGAACCUGCUCAUGGGAUACAAAGGGGAACUGAAAAUUGCAGAUUUUGGCUGGUCCGUUCAUGCCCCAUCACUCAGGCGCCGGACAAUGUGUGGGACUUUGGAUUAUCUGCCCCCGGAGAUGAUCGAAGGGAAGACUCACGAUGAGAAAGUGGAUCUGUGGUGCGCUGGGGUUCUCUGCUUUGAGUUCCUGGUAGGAAUGCCUCCGUUUGACAGUCCAUCGCACAGUGAAACGCACCGGAGGAUUGUCAAAGUUGACUUUAAGUUUCCGCCUUUCCUGUCUGAAGGAUCAAAGGACCUGAUCAGCAAACUCCUCCGCUACCACCCAGCACAGCGCCUCCCGCUCAAAGGUGUAAUGGAGCACCCUUGGGUGAAAGCCAACUCCCGCCGUGUCCUACCUCCUGUCUACCAGUCCAGCCACCCAAAAUAGACACUUUAUUGUUCAUCAAUUUCAUUGGCUGAAGUUGUGCGACCUUACUGCACUCUCUAGUUAACAUUGAUCAGAAUGAAGUGCAGACUUGUGAUUAUUGGCAGAUAUUCAUUGGCACUGCUGAACUAACACACACAGUACAGGGGGGACACUGCAAUGCAUCUCCUUUACUUACUACUGGAGUCUGAACUACACUUUUGUUCUAUCUGUGAAAUGGGCGGCUCUGUUCACUAUAAUGACUCCAGCUUUUGUGCAGCAAUACUGACGAGUCUGCAAGUUACAGCAACAAAGAGAAACUCAGUGCAGAUCAUUCUCGGCAGUCACAACCUUGGGUUAGUUUGGUUACUACACCUCUGGCCCGGGCUGUAUCCAUCACUGAGACUGGGUCCAGUGUAAUCCACGUGCUGCUGGUGGUGUGACCUGUAUUUGGCUUCAGUGGGACUGCGGUCACUUGUGGGCAUUUGUGUUAAGGCUGUGGGGUUCUGUGUUUUACAGUGGAGAAGAUAGGCUGCGGUUUUAUAUGGUUUUAAUAUUUAAAGUGUAUAUAUGUCUGUUUUAAAUUGUUUUUGGUCUAUUACACCCUGUAUGACUCUCUUGUCCCUGCGACUCUGCCUCUCCUCCCUCCCCACCACCCGAGACUCUGCCUCUCCUCCCUUAGACUCUGCCUCUCCUCCCUUAGACUCUGCCUCUCCUCCCCACAACCCCGUGACUCUGCCUCUUCUUCCCACCACCCGAGACUCUGCCUCUUCUUCCCACCACCCGAGACUCUGCCUCUCCACCCCGCGACUCUGCCUCUCCUCCCCACAACCCAGAGACUCUGCCUCUCCUUCCCACCACCCGUGACUCUGCCUCUCCUUCCCACAACCCUGAGACUGUUCCUCCCCGAGACUUUGCCUCUCCUCCCCACGACCCCAAGACUCUGCCUCUCCUCCCUGCAAUGUCACAGUUGGUGGGGAGAGUUGUUGGCUCAAGGUUGCUGUGCUUGCUAUGAUGGUAGCUGAAGAGCCUUUAGCUUCCCCCCCAUUAAUUCCAUAUUUGAAGGGGUUUGGGAAAAUCCGUAAACUACUGUAAAAGAAAAAAAAUGUAUAUAAUCUUUGGAGUGGGAAGUGUAAUACAGGGCUGUUUUCUAUGUAAAUAAAGUGUAGUAAUCUCUU